CAACACUGCUGUUAGUCACAUGACAGGCAGACCUCUCCGACUGACCUGAUACACAUCUAACAAUCAUGCCGACCACACAGCAGUCUCCUCAGGAUGAGCAGGAGAAGCUUCUGGAUGAAGCUGUGCAGGCUGUGAAGGUCCAGUCGUUCCAGAUGAAGCGAUGUCUGGACAAGAACAAGCUGAUGGAUGCUCUGAAGCAUGCCUCUAACAUGCUGGGUGAGCUGAGGACCUCCAUGCUUUCUCCAAAGAGCUACUAUGAGCUCUAUAUGGCUAUUUCUGAUGAACUUCACUACCUAGAGGUUUAUCUAACUGAUGAGUUUGCCAAAGGACGCAAGGUGGCAGAUCUCUAUGAGUUGGUACAGUACGCAGGCAACAUCAUCCCAAGGCUCUAUCUGCUGAUCACAGUGGGUGUGGUGUACGUCCGUUCCUUCCCUCAGUCUCGUAAAGACAUUCUAAAGGACCUGGUGGAGAUGUGUCGCGGUGUGCAGCAUCCACUCAGAGGCCUCUUCCUCAGAAACUAUCUGUUGCAGUGCACCCGCAACAUACUGCCAGAUGAUGGAGAGCAGUCAGAAGGAACAGAGGAGAUGACCGGCGAUAUCAACGACUCCAUUGACUUUGUCCUUCUGAACUUUGCGGAAAUGAACAAGUUAUGGGUCAGAAUGCAGCAUCAGGGUCACAGCCGAGAUCGAGAGAAGAGAGAAAAGGAAAGACAAGAGCUGAGGAUUCUGGUGGGCACCAACCUAGUUCGCCUUAGCCAGCUCGAGGGUGUGAAUGUGGAAAAGUACAAACAGGUUGUUCUUCCUGGAGUUCUGGAGCAGGUUGUGAACUGCAGAGACUCUUUGGCUCAGGAGUAUCUAAUGGAGUGCAUAAUUCAGGUGUUCCCUGAUGAGUUCCACCUUCAGACUCUGAACCCUUUCCUGCGUUCCUGUGCUGAGCUCCAUCAACACGUCAAUGUCAAGAACAUCAUCAUAGCCCUCAUUGACAGACUUGCCCUGUUCGCUCAUCGAGAAGACGGCCCCGGCAUUCCAACUGAGAUCAAACUGUUUGAUAUCUUCUCUCAGCAAGUUGCCACUGUCAUUCAGUCUCGUCAGGACAUGCCAUCAGAGGACGUGGUCUCUCUUCAGGUUUCUCUCAUCAAUCUGGCCAUGAAGUGCUAUCCUGAUCGUGUGGACUAUGUAGAUAAAGUCCUGGAGAGCACUGUGGAGAUAUUCAACAAGCUAAACUUGGAACACAUAGCGACCAGCAGUGCAGUGUCAAAGGAACUCACCAGACUGUUGAAGAUCCCAGUGGACACCUACAACAACAUCCUGACAGUGCUGCAGCUCAAACACUUCCCUCCGCUCUUCGAGUACUUUGACUAUGAGUCACGCAAGAGCAUGAGCUGCUACGUGCUGAGCAACACACUGGACUACAACACCACCAUCGUGGCCCAGGAGCAGGUGGAUGCCAUCUUGAACUUGGUAUCCACGCUGAUCCAGGACCAGCCAGACCAACCAGCUGAUGAUCCCGACCCUGAAGACUUUGCUGAGGAGCAGAGCCUCGUGGGUCGUUUCAUUCACCUGCUCCACUCUGAAGAUCCAGACCAACAGUAUCUUAUUCUCAACACAGCACGUAAACACUUUGGUGCGGGUGGAAACCAAAGGAUUCGCUACACUCUCCCUCCUCUGGUGUUCGCUGCCUAUCAGCUGGCCUUCAGAUACAAAGAGAACUCCUCAUCGGAUGACAAGUGGGAGAAGAAAUGUCAAAAGAUCUUUUCCUUCGCCCACCAGACCAUCAGUGCUCUAAUAAAGGCUGAGCUGGCUGAGCUGCCUCUACGACUCUUCCUGCAGGGUGCGCUGGCUGCAGGAGAGAUUGGCUUUGAAAACCACGAGACUGUAGCUUAUGAGUUCAUGUCACAGGCCUUCUCUCUGUAUGAGGAUGAGAUCAGUGACUCUAAAGCCCAGCUGGCAGCCAUCACCCUGAUCAUCGGUACCUUUGAGCGAAUGCGGUGUUUCAGCGAGGAAAACCACGAGCCUCUGAGAACCCAGUGUGCGCUGGCUGCCUCCAAGCUGCUGAAGAAACCGGACCAGUGCCGAGCUGUCAGUAUCUGCGCACACCUCUUUUGGUCAGGACGCAGCACCGACAAAAAUGGUGAAGAGAUCCGUGAUGGUAAACGGGUAAUGGAGUGUUUAAAGAAAGCCCUGAAGAUCGCCAACCAGUGCAUGGACCCAUCACUGCAAGUCCAGCUGUUCAUUGAAAUCCUCAACAGAUACGUGUGCUUCUAUGAGAGGGAAAAUGAUGCGGUGACUGUCCAGGUAUUGAACCAACUGAUCCAAAAGAUCAGAGAGGAUCUUCCCAACCUGGAGGCGAGUGAGGAAACGGAGCAAAUCAACAAACACUUCCACAACACACUCGAGCAUCUUCGCCUGCAGAGAGAAUCCCCAGAGUCUGAGGGCCCUGUCUAUGAGGGCUUGGUCCUUUAAAACUAUUGCAGGUUGGAAAGAUGUGAGGUUUCCAGUCCAUAGAUGUUUCACUAUAAUAUGAAUAUACAACCGCACACACAUCCCAUCCUGUACAUCAAGGAUAAAAGUAAUUGUCAUUAUUUUCCCAAGAGCUAAAAUAACUCUCCUCCUUUUUAUUUGUAUUAUUAUUCAUGGUUCUGCAUCAUUAACUCCUGGCUGUCCCUCACUAGCAGAACCUUUUUUCUGUAACAGAUUGGAGAUGUUGCAUUAUAAGAAGCAUGUGUGAGCAACACAAUGUGCACUUGUGGCAAGUCUUAGGCACCAUUCCUUUAUGAAUUCCUACUCGACCAAUUUGUCUUUAACUUGUAUCAUUUUACUGUUGAUAAUAGAAUUACUAGCUGUCAUAGGUGUUUCCACUAAGUCAUCAACCCAGCACUUGUUACCAUCUUAGCAUACUGAAGAAUGAAUGUAUUAGCUGAGUGUAUAAAGACUACAGAACCUGGUAGUGGUGUUGCUUAUGGGCUUGUCUCCACCCUUCAAUAAUCAUCAAGUGAUGCUCUCUAAGAUGACUUUGUGAUCAGUUUGAAACAGUUUCUGGUGAACUGAAGACCAGACAAAUGGAAGCACAGAGGAACAAAUAUCAAAACCUGCUGAAUGUUUUAGAACACAGCAUGUUAGCAACAGCAGUUAAGUUAAUAAUUGUUCAGCGUUUUGCUUGAUCCUCAAUUCAUCUACCAUCCCAGCUGGGCAGCAAAGAAACUACAAACAGUCAAAUUUAGUUAUUUGUAAGUAAGGUAAUUGUCAUAUUUGUCCAAAAAAUAUCACAUGCUCUCAUACUUAAGCAGUGCUUUUUCUUAAUAACACCAGACAUGGACUCAGUUUCAGCUAUCAGUAUUUCUGGACCUGUGAGUGGAUGGACACAUUCAUGUGAUGGUUCAUUUAGUAUGCUUGUACCAUAAGGCCUGGUUUUCAGUUUACUCUUACUCAGUGUCUGACUGUCACAAUAGUUUUGAUCAAUGUAAUCCACUGCUUGGUAACGGGGGUCACACUGAUCUCAGGAUUGAAUGCUAUUUGACAAGUUGCCAUACUGAUCAUGUAAUGAUGUACAUGUUUGCGGGUAAGAUUUGGGGAAUUAUUUGCUGCAGCAUGUGACUGGGUCUGCUGAUCUCUCUUUCUUAGCUCUCAUUGUUGAUUUGUUGGAGGCAGUAUUGACUAGUUUCUAUCCCUUUUUGAAUCUGUGUGUAAACCCACUUGUAAAUCGCAUAAAGAAAAGAUCAGAUUAAAUAGCAAUUAUCAUUGUCAUUUGCUGAAAUAAAAUUGAAAUUAUUAACAAUA